UCUCUCUCUUCGCUAGCUUGCAAAACAGAGAAGAGGACACAACAAAGAAGAAGCAAAGAAACAAGCAAAAAAUUUAGCUAUCAAAAGCAAGAACAAGAAAGAAAAGGAGCAACAAUACAAGAAAAUAAAUACAAAGUCAAUUAGACUUCACUUUAACCCAGUUCAAAGUGUGGCCAAGAAAUGGCGAGCGCAAUUAUAGGCGGCGAGCGAGCUGAUUUGAACUUCAAGGAGACUGAGCUGUGUCUUGGAUUGCCUGGUGGCGGCAAAACGGAAGUGGAGACACCAAAAGCUACUGGAAAAAGAGGAUUUGCAGAGACUGUUGAUUUGAAGCUUAAUCUUCAAGCUAAAGAUGGUGUUAUGGAUCUGAAUGAAAAUAUCAAGAAUGCUUCAAAGGACAAGAAUCACCUCCCAACUUCCACCAUCAAGGACCCUGCCAAGCCACCAGCCAAAGCUCAAGUUGUGGGUUGGCCCCCAGUUAGAUCUUACAGGAAGAACAUAAUGGCCAAUCAGAAGAACAACAGUGAUGAAGGUGAAAAGAGUUUGAGUGCAGCAUUUGUGAAGGUUUGCAUGGAUGGUGCACCUUAUCUUCGUAAGGUAGACCUUAAGAUGUACAAAAGCUACCAAGAGCUAUCUGAUGCCCUAGCCAAAAUGUUCAGUUCCUUCACUAUGGGUAAUUAUGGAGCCCAAGGAAUGAUAGACUUUAUGAAUGAAAGCAAGUUGAUGGAUCUCCUCAACAGCUCUGAAUAUGUGCCAACCUAUGAAGAUAAGGAUGGUGACUGGAUGCUCGUGGGCGAUGUUCCAUGGGAGAUGUUUGUUGAUUCAUGCAAGCGCUUGCGCAUUAUGAAAGGAUCUGAAGCUAUUGGUCUUGCACCAAGAGCUAUGGAGAAAUGCAAGAGUAGAACUUAAUUAAAUAGCUUGCCUGCUCUCUAUAUGAUUUAGUCUUUUUGCACCCAAGAAGACUAGACAACAAAGGCAGGCACUUGUGCAAGCAAUUGGUGUUUUGUUUUGGAUUGUGUCUGUAUUUUAAUUUGAUGAUGAUGGUAUAUAAAUAUGAAAGAUCUAGACAUUUGUAAUGGACAAGAAGCAAUAAACUUAACCCCCUAUUGUCUGGCUUGUUUAUUUACUAAUGGCUUUGCUUAAUGAUAAUUUCCCCUUAUUUUGGUUA